UCUUGCAGCGAUGUCGAGCAACUGGUUUCAUUCAUUUGCAACCCUGAAGUUCUUCCCCAUGGAAGAAGUCUCAUCAUGUUCCUCCUUCUUUCACCUGUCGACUCAGAGAAAGACCCCAUCUGUGACACCUACAAGGCUUUCAUGAAGAAUAUCGAAGAAGAAAUGAUCAUUCAUAUUUGUGAAUCUCAGAGCACAUAUGAGAAAUGGAAGGAACUGAUACAAGAAAAGUUGGACUUUGACAUUGACCAACAAUCAGUAUAUGAGCUGAGCCUCAGUGAGGUCAAUGGAACAGUACUGGCUCUCAGACCAUUCAGUGAGUCAUCUGAAAGGCUGCUUCCAUCCUCUGACUCCAGCUUUGUCGUUCUAAAAAAUAAGGAGGAAGACUUAUUGACAGCUUUGGACAUUUUGUGUCUGAACUAGUGUGAAAAUAUCUAUGACGAUAACAGUCCGGAGUUUAAUGACAAAAGAACAAAAGUUGAGGAGGAAUUCUACAGGGGAGGCAAAGUCAAAUGGUGGAACUUCUUCUUCUGUGACAAAGACAAACAGAGAUCAUUUAUCAAGAGAGACAAGUAUGAAAAUGUGAAAAAGAUGAUCAGGAGUGAGUUGAGAGAGUCAAAAGACAUGUGUGUUCUGCUCAAUCUGUUUCACAAUCCAGGCUGUGGUGGAACCACUUUAGCAAUGCAUGUCAUGUGGGAUCUCCGUAAGGAGAUUAGAUGUGCUGUGCUGAAAGACAAUUCACUGCCAAUGACAGAAGUUGCUGUCCAAGUUGUCAAACUCAUGAAGCUGGAAAACGAGAAACCAUGUCCAGUUUUGCUGUUAGUUGACGACUCAAAGGAAACAGAGAAUCCUUACAAACUUUGUAACUGCAUCCCUCAAACUGUAGAGUCUCACUCUAACAUAAAUGUGGAUAAGGCACAAAGUUGUAAAGUCAUCAUCCUUAACUGUGUUCGUUCCCAAAAUCCAAAAGAUUCAUACAGACGGCACAAACCAAGUCAGUACAUAACUGCCAAAUUGUCACCAGAAGAACAGAAUGAGUUUGAAAAAAAACUCAAAGAGUUGAGAGAAACGCAUGAUACACCUGAAAACUUUUACAGUUUCAUGAUCAUGAAGAGCAAUUUUGACAAAAAAUACAUUGCCGAUCUUGCUCGUAACACUCUGGAGAACUUUGAUUUCAGCUCAAAGAAUGCCCAACUUUUUUCCUUCUUAGCAUUACUUAACACCUAUGUGGCAGAAUCAGAAAUCUCUCGCUCUCUCUGUGAAGAUUUUCUUGGUAUGAAAAGGAUUCGCUGGCAAGAGGAAAGUGCACUGGACAGAAUGGAGCCUUUCUCAAACCUUCUCAUCAUUGACAGAGUUGAAGAAUGGGGAGGAUAUGAAGGAAUCCGAAUCCUUCACAACUCCAUAGCAUCUGCAUGCCUAGAGGAGUUUGAGAGAAGCCACUCUUUAAAAGUGAGUGAUAUCACUAUAGAGAUUCUACAUUGUGAUCUGUUCUUCAGCAUUGGGGUUGUCAAAAAUAGAUUCAUGGACUCAAUUCAACAAAUGUUGAUUGCAAGGCAGCAAAGGAAGGAUGGUUUUUUCAGAGAACCAUUUUCUCCUCUGAUCGACAAAAUUCACAGUGAGCAAGGGAGACAAACUGUUCAACAGAUCUUUGUGAAAGCAUCAACAAGGUUCGAGAAAAGUUUAUCUAUUCCUCAGGCACUGGCCAGGUAUUUGUACAUCAAAGAGCAUGACUUCCCAGAAGCUCUGAUAUGGGCUGAAAAGGCCAAGAACAUUAAAGCAAACCCGUACACGUUUGACACAAUAGGGCAGAUUCACAAAAGCAACUUAAAAUCAAACAACGAUAGGGGAAAACAGGAGACUUCUUGCAUUCCAGAGGAAUUAAACACAAACAUUAAAAUAGCAAGCAAUGCUAUCACAGCAUUCAAAAAGGCUCAAGAGCUGGCAAACUCAGAGGAGGAACCUGAGGAGGAACCUGAGGAGGAACCUGAGGAGGAGGCUGUUGAUGAGUCGGAUGACUUUCCACGAAAGUCAUAUCAUGUUCAGGGCUACGUUGGUGUUCUGGAAAUUGCAUUCCUGGUCUUUGAGAUAUUGAGCAGAUUGCCAUUCUUUGAUCAAAGUGAUCCAAUGAAGAAGAUGUACUUCCAGAGCUUCCUUAAAAAAGCAAUCCCAAUCACCAGUGUGUAUAAGGAGGACAACGAGAGAAAUAACACCUAUGAGGAGAUCAUCAAAGAACACGAAUGUUUUCUUCAAAAUUUGAAAACUGAGGUAAAAGAAACUUUUGAACUUCUUAACUCUUUCUUCACAUAUAUGAAGGGACGCUACCCAGAAUUCCAAAAAAAGAUUUCUUCUCUUUUUAAACACCAUGUUAGUCUCUUCUGCAGCACACCAGAGGAAAUGAAAAAAGAACAACAAAACAACCCUAAUCUGAACUUGAAAAUCAAUAUUGAGGAACAAAGAUUGUUUCUUGAGAAGAGCCAAGCAGACACAUUUGCAGGGAUUCUUCAGCAUUUGGACAAACCUGCAGAGGAGAUCGAGAGGAUCACAGAAUGCUAUGCAUAUUUGCAACAACAACAUCACCAAUUAACCAACAAAAAGCAAAAGACAAAGGAAACAAUCAAUUGCAUUCUGUCAAACAUAGUUCUUUACCUUUUGAAACCAAACUCUAAACAUGUAAAGGGUAUCGCCUUCCUCUCAGACCUACUUUCAAAAACUUUGCAAGAUGUAGGACUUAGAUAUCCCUUCCCCGACCCAUACUACCUGGCUCUGCUGUUGUUCUGGCCAAGGACAACUGAGGAAGAUACGGAAAUUGCAACUUAUGUUACAGCAAUUCGGAACUCAACCCGCAAAUACCUGACUCCUUUGUUUCAAAAAAGGAGCACAGUUGCUCAUCUCUACUUGGGAAAAGAAGAAGGACUCAAGAGGCUUGUUUCUAAACCCCAACUCGAUGAGAACUUCAAGAGGGAAGGCCGUGAAACCUUGGCACAACGCUGGCGGAAUGGCGACAUUUUUAAAGACAAAACAAUUAUCAACCGUCUUCAGCGAGUCAGAGGAAGCAUCGAGCAGGGGGAGGUGUUUGCCAAUUAUGGAAAACUGAAAAUCCCUGUGCGCCCAGCUCUCGUUCAUCGUGUUAGUGGUGGUUUCAGUACAGAAAAGGUUUCUUUCUACCUUGGUUUUGCAAUCAAGGGACCUCUUGCUUACGAUAUCCAGUAUGAAAACUAGGGUGGUAAAUGUACAAACAUGUGCUGCACAAGCACAAGCACAAGCACUGCAACUGGAACCACUUGAAAAACAGGUGAUGAACUGUGUUGGAGUCUGACACAGACUACAUAAAUAGACAAAUGACAAUCAAAUGGUAAAAGCCAGUCCUGUAAUGCAGUUCUAAGUAUGUCUGAAUGAUUUUGAUUUUACAAACCAACCAAGUUGUUUUGUACGUAAGUGAAAUAUAUUUUUAAGUGACUUAAUAUUUUAUGAAUGUUAGAGGUACAUUUUCUGAUGAACUUUUGUUGUUUUAGUUAUUGUUAUUGUCUGUCUGAGAUGGGGCUAAUUCCCCAAACUGAUUUCUAUUUGUUUAUUGACGUGACCCUGAGUCAUAUUUCUGUAUUAAUAAUCUUUUAAUGAAAUGUGCAGCCCUGUCUCCUCCCCAGCAGUGUGUCUGUCAGUGGGUGUGUGUUUAGGUGGAUCAGAUGGUGAUGCAGAGGCUGCUGCUGAAUGGAGGGAGGAAAGGAGAUUUUCCGCAAACGGAUUGGUCGAACUAGCUUUAAAACUACGCUGCUGCAGUCUGUGCUUCUCUUGCCACCAAAGCCAGCCGGUUUACAGAAUCUUUUUGUAUUGUGUCGGCCAGAACUUGUUUUCAGUUGUUGUGUACUUGGAGGAUUGUUUGUUUGUGUUAGAUCAAAUCGUGUAUUGUUGAUACAAGUGUAAACUGUAAAUAUGUAUGCACCACACAGCAGUGAUGAGAAGGGAGACCCUAUUGUUUUGUUCACUAUUUUUUCUCCUGUUUUUAUGUUAGUGGAAUAGGCAAGAGAUUUGUCAUUUUGUUUACUUUCUUUUCAUGUUAGGAAAGACGAGGGUGUUGCUAAUCUUUUUGAUUUUUGUUUUUGGACCAUUCUCUGCCCUAAAAAUGAAUAAAACUGCUGUGUUCAAUCUGAA